AUGAUCGCCGGUAUCGCCGUUGGUAGCAUAGCCGCCACCGCCCUCCUCCUAACGCUCCUCUUCCUCUUCCGCGCCAACCUCCUCGCCUUCCUCCUCUCUCUUAUCCGCCGCCGCAAGACCAGCCACAGCUGUCCCGCAUCGCGUAGCAAAGGCGUCAACAGCGCUGACGAGGAACCCCUUAGCAGCCUAAUGUCCUUCCACAACCGCGCGGCGCCGGAUAGCUUUGCGUGGGUUGAUAACGCUGCGUUUACGCCGCCGCCCCCGCCGGAACCCCCGGAGUGCCGUCCGCUAAAGCCCUGGACUACAAGUAAGCGCGCUGUCACGUGGGGAGGCGCAGAGUUAAGAUAA